ACCACCACUCUCCCCUCCCCCUCUCUCUCCUCCUCCUCCUCCACCACCAGCACACAGACAGAGACAGACGGCAAAGAGGCGGGCAGUGUAUCCAAAGGGAGUCUCUGCAAAGUCGCGGCAAACGCAUUCAACAACAGUUACGAACUCGACGAAGGCGCUGCUUCUCUUUGUAGUCGCUAUCUAGGAAUACAUUGAUCAUCUUUGUUAUUGUUAUUAUUAUUUUCGGGUUUCGGGUUCUUCUGAGAUCACCCCGGCAGCUGGUACGAGGAAUAACAUCUUUAUUUAAGAAACCUGCUCGAACAAUAUCGAGAAUAAAUCGAGCUCGCUUUAAUUUAGUCGACUCGUUUCGCGUGCUGCGUGUGUGAAGAAUCAAAACGUGCGCGGGUUUGGUAGGCGGGUGUCCUCUCUCUCUCUCGUCGGUGAUUUAAAGGGAUCCUCAAGCGAGUCCGACAACGCAGUUCUGUCCUGAGCGGUGCCCAAAGCCUCCGGACACUGCGCGUCUCAGUUUUUACUUUCCAUCCGUGCAUCGUCAUUCUCAUCGUCGCCAUCAGGUGUCCGCGUCCGCUCCGGCCAAGGGUUCAACUGACCAUGUCCUGAGACCUCAACGGCCUCAACGUCUCCAGCAACGCCUUGCCGGGGUGGGGUCAGAGGUCGCAUGCUUCGGGUGACGCGGACGCACUCCGCGCUAUGCCCGACUCCUCCGUCUCCUGCUGACGACGUCCCGCGUGGGUUCACGAUGGCCGGCUGGAGACUGCUUCAGGCCCUGCUGCUGCAGCUGCUGCUCAGCGCGAGCGGUUGGCCUCCCGCAACCGGCUCCGGGCGCCUGGCGCUGCCCCAGGGCCUGGUGCAGCGGGAGCUGUCGUGCGAGGGCUACCCCAUCGACCUCCGUUGCCCGGGCAGCGACGUGAUCGUCGUGAGCUCGGCCAACUACGGCCGCACCAACGACCAGAUCUGCGACUCCGAGCCGGCCAAGAUGCAGAACACGGCCUGCUUGCAGGACGAGAGCUUCCGCAUCAUGGCUCAGAGAUGCAACAACAGGACGCAGUGCCUCGUCGUCGCUGGCAACGAGGUGUUUCCGGACCCCUGUCCCGGAACGUACAAGUACCUCGAGGUUUGGUACGAGUGCGUCCCCUACAGGCUGGAGCAAAAAGUCUUCCUGUGCCCGGGCAGCGUCCGACUCGUUGGCGAGGCCUUGCACCUCCUGGAGGCGGAGCAGCAGGCCGGCUCGUGGUGCCGCGACCCGCUGCAGGCCACCGAGAAGGUGUACUUCAUGCCGUGGACGCCGUACCGCACCGACAGCCUCACCGAGUACGCCUCCCUCCAGGACUUCCUGGCCGGGCGACCGCUCACCAACUACAAGCUGCCGCACCGCGUCGACGGCACGGGCUUCGUGGUGUACGACGGAGCCGUGUUCUUCAACAAGGAGCGAACGCGGAACGUCGUCAAGUUCGACCUGCGAACGCGCGUCAAGAGCGGCGAGGCGUUCAUCCCCAACGCCAACUACCACGACACUUCGCCCUACCGCUGGGGCGGCAAGUCCGACAUCGACCUGGCGGCCGACGAGAACGGCCUGUGGGUCAUCUACGCGACGGAGCAGAACAACGGGCGCGUGGUGGUGAGCCACUUCAACCCGUACACGCUGCGCGUCGAGGCCUCCUGGGAGACGGCCUACGACAAGCGCUCGGCCUCCAACGCCUUCAUGGCCUGCGGCGUCCUCUACGUCCUGCGCUCGACGUACGAGGACGACGGCGACGGGGGGGCGGACGCCGCCGGAGGAGGCGGAGGAGGCGGUGGAGGAGGCGGUGGAGGAGGCGGAGGAGGCGGUGGAGGAGGCGGUGGAGGAGGCGGAGGAGGCGGAGGAGGGGGGACGAGCGACCGCAUCGACUACGUGUACGACACCAACUCGCAGCGGGAGGCACGCGUCUCCAUCCCCUUCCCCAACCCGUACCAGUUCAUCACGUCGGUGCAGUACAACCCGCGCGACGGGGCCCUCUACGUGUGGAACAACCACCACGUGCUGCGCUACACGCUGCACUUCGGCCCGCCGGAUCCCACUGCAGUGCACGAGAUUUCGACGUUGGGGCCUUCCAGUGGAGGCAGCACCGCAAGUCCUCCGCGGAGCCACGUGGCAACGUUGCCGCCAAUCCCUGCGCAACCGCCACAGGACACGACCGACGUGAAACCGGGAGACGUGGCGCCCGCUGACGGCGGCGAGGGCGGCACCCGCGUGCCCACGUUCUGUCCCCCCACGCUCGCCCGCGCCGUCCAGUGGCCCCAGCUGCUGCAGGGCAAGACGGCGGAGAGGCCCUGUCCUGCGGGCACCGUCGGCACGGCGCUCUACACCUGCGACGCCAUCACGGGAGUCUGGUCUGCCCGAGGUCCCGAUUUCAGCAACUGCACUUCGCCCUGGGUGAACCAAAUCGCGCAACGGAUCAAGAGCCGCGAGAACGCCGCCACGGUGGCGAGCGACCUGGCGCGGCAGACGCGCGACCCCGUGUACGCGGGCGACGUGAGCUCCUCGGUGAAGCUCAUGGAGCAGCUGGUGGACAUCCUGGACGCACAGCUGCUCGAGCUGACGCCCACGGAGAAGGAGUCGUCCACACGCACCUUCAACAAGCUAAAGAUGAGGGAUGGGCUCUGCCAAGCGUACAUCAAGGCGGUGGUGGAGGUGGUGAGCAACCUGCUGCGCGAGGACGCCGUGUGGGCGUGGCGCGACAUGAACGGCACGGAGCGAGCGCACACCGCCACGCUGCUUGCCGACUCCGUGGAGGAAGCGGCGUUCGUGCUCGCCGACCACCUCCUGCACCCCGACAACGUCACCGUUGCCGCCGACAACGUCGUGCUCACGGUGUCGGUGCUGAACACGGAGGGGCCGCUGCAGGACUUCACGUUCCCCCGCGACGAGGCGACCGAGAGGGCCGGCAAUUCGGAUCGCCCCGACAGCGGCGGCGGCGGCGGCGGCCGUGGUGGCGCUACGACCCCGUGGCAUUCUGGGAACCGCAUCACGCUCACGGCAAACUCCAUCAAACUGAACAGCCGCAACGGUGUGACGAAGCUGGUGUUCACCACGUACGACAACUUGGCGCUCUUCCUGAGCACGGACAACGCCACGCUGCCGGCCAACGCGUCGCAGCAGAGCAACCGCUCCCUCGUCGUCAACUCGCCCAUCAUCUCCGCCUCCAUCAACAAGGAGUCGAACCACGUGUUCCUCAGCGAGCCCGUCGUCUUCACGCUCAAGCACAACGUGACAUCGGACCACUUCAGCCCCAGCUGCUCCUUCUGGAACUACUCGUCCCACACCAUGAGGGGCCACUGGUCGAGCCACGGCUGCAAGCUGCUGUCCACCAACAGCACGCACACCACCUGCUCCUGCAACCACCUCACCAACUUCGCGGUGCUCAUGGCCAGGCACGACAUCGAGUACGGGGACCGCGCCCACGAGCUGCUGCUGCUGGUGAUCACGUGGGUGGGCGUGCUGGUGUCCCUCGUGUGCCUCGCCAUGGCCACCUUCACCUUCUGCUUCUUCCGCGGCCUCCAGAGUGACCGCAACACCAUCCACAAGAACCUGUGCCUCAACCUGCUGCUCGCUGAGCUCCUCUUCCUGCUAGGCAUCGACAAGACUCAGUACACGGUGGCGUGCUCCAUCCUGGCGGCGCUGCUGCACCUGUUCUUCCUGGCGGCGUUUGCGUGGAUGUGCCUCGAGGGCGUGCAGCUCUACCUCAUGCUGGUGGAGGUGUUCGAGGGGCGCCGCGCACGCCGCAAGUACUUCUACCUCCUGGGCUACGGCCUGCCGCUCACCGUCGUCGGGGUCUCCCUCGCCGUCGACUACACGGGCUACGGCACCGAGCGAGCCUGUUGGCUCAGGACCGACAAUCAUUUCAUCUGGAGUUUCCUCGCGCCCGUGGCCGCCAUCAUCCUCGUGAACUUCGUGUUCCUGCUGAUUACUCUGUACAAGAUGCUGCAGCAUUCGGCUCCACUCAAGCCCGAUGGCAACCGACUCGAGAACAUUAAUCACCCCGUGUGUGACGGAUACUAUAACACUGACCUGCCUGGCUCUCCGGAUAACAGAGAGUUCAUCAGGUCCUGGGCACUGGGGGGCGUGGCGCUGCUCUGCCUCCUCGGCCUCACCUGGGUGUUCGGGUUCCUCUUCAUCGACAAGGCCACCCUGGUCAUGGCCUACCUCUUCACCAUCUUCAACUCCUUCCAGGGCAUGUUCAUCUUCAUCUUCCACUGCGCUCUGCAGAAAAAGGUGCGUAAAGAGUACAGCAAGUGCUUGAGGCACGCCGAGUGCUGCGGAUCCUGGGGCAACGACUCCUCCUACAACUCGGCCAAAAACUCCAACUCGCGACACUCCAACAGCACGCGCUACUCCCCCAACGCGCAGAGUCGAAUCCGCCGCAUGUGGAACGACACCGUGCGCAAGCAGACGGAGUCGUCCUUCAUCUCCGCCGACGCCAACAGCAGCUGCACCCUCAACCGCGGCCUGGUGGCCAAUCAGCUGCUCACGAGCUCGCUGCUGCGUCCGCACAGCGCGGGUCACCUGUACAGCACGCUGCUCGCCGACAGCGUCGUGAGGGGGGCGGCGCAGCCCCCCUCGGCCACCCUCUACCGCAGUGGGAACGCACACCGGGAGCAUCUGGCGAUCGGCCCACGAGAUGCCGGCGCCCUGGCAACAGCGCCGCGCAACAGCGCCAAGCACCAGCAGCGCGCCGUCGCUUCCAGCGGCAGCCACUUCCACCUGAGCAGCCGCGACUUCAUGGCGCCGGACAGCGACGCCAAGCUGGGGGCGCCAGACGCCUCGGCGCCUCGGGCCAACGGCCUCGUCUUCCUGGCCGACUCCGAGGGCCUAGGCCUGGGCCUGGGCCUGAGCGGCUACGACGACGACGACGGCGGCAACACGGCGGGACCCCCCGCCUACCUGGGGCCGACGUUGCCCCUGUCGCCUCCUCAACAGCAGCUGCACCAGCAGCAGCAGCUGCAGGCGACGGCGCCGCCCCUGCUGCUGCCCCGCGGCGAAGUGGACCGCCUGUUCGGCAGCCUCACCCCCAGCAAGCGCCACCUGGUGUACGUGGGCAAGCAGGACGAGCUGCUGCGCAACCUGACGGCCGUGCAGCAGAUGGCGCGGGGGGCGGGCAGCGGGAUUGUGAUCAUAGCGGACGGCGACGGGGAGGAGGAGGAUGACGACGUUGAGGAGGAAGAGGAGGAGGAAGAGGAGGAGGACGAGGACGAGGAAGAGGAAAUGGCCGAGGACGAGGAAGAUGACGAGGAGGCGUUGGAGGAGGAACGGAAGCUGAAGUUGAGGAAAAACAAGCGAGCCGAUGAGGGCGACGUCGACGUUGGUGGUUGCAGCGGCGGCGGUGGCAGCCUGAUCCGGGUCCCGUGCGAGGCGGCUCACCCACGGUGCCCCGACUCGGGCGCUCCGCUGCUGCCGCGACGGACGCACUCGCUGGCGCGGGCGUCCCCUCUGCCGCCUCCGCCGCCGCCGCCGCCGGCGAUCGUCGCCAGGGAGGACGUCCACCCUCCUCCUCCGGCCGCGUACUUCCCCCUGCUCACGCCGCGCCAGGUGGCCGAGCUGCAGUCUCCCGGUCACGAGGCGUCGCUCUGCGCCAGCCUGCCCAACCUGCGCAAUGGCGGCGGCGGCGGCGGCGGCGCCCGCGGCGGCGACUCCUCUUCCUCGGGCCCGACCGUCGCCCCCCGCGGGCUCAGGCUCCGGCCGCCGGCGGAGAAGAGCGACGCGGGCGGCGUCAUCCUCGUCGGAGGAGGCGGCGGGGCGGCGGUACCGCCCAAUGGGCCGCGGAAGCCGCCGCCGCCGGGCUACUUCCCGGCGGAGAACGGCAGGGGCGCGGUGGACAGCGACGACUACAUGCUGCCGCUCGACCGCGACGAGGCCGCCCUCGGGGCCCGCGGGGACUCCUUCCUCCCGGCGGGCGGAGGGGACGGCCGCUACGACGCGGCGGCCGGGGGGGCGCUCGGCGGCGUCGGGCGGGGCGACUACCUGCUGCCCCUGAGCGCGGCGGGAAGUCGGGCGGACGACUACAUGCUGCCUUACGAGCCGGACGAGCCCCCGCCGGCGGUGGCGGGGAAGCGCGAGGCGUUUGUGCGACCUCUCGCCAGGGAAGGAGGGGGCGCCGACGGUGGCUGCGGCCUGGGCAUGGGCAUCAACACCAACUUGUAGAGAGGGGGGGGGGGGGGGUGGCGGGCCCGCGGGGGGUACGCGGGUGUCACUCCAACCUCUUCGAAGGAGGAGCGGAACGAAAUUAAUACGCGGGGGUGUCCCCCGUGAAGGUAUCGUCCGUCGUUUAAAAGGAUUGCAAUUUUUGGACAGAGCCAGGUUGAUUAGACUCCGCGUGUGUGCGCGUGUUCUGUAGGGGCAUGAAAACGUUGUCGUCGACGACGCACGCCGCUAUCGAGGUUUCAGAAACUUCCCGUGCGAAGACCCCCGGGUUAUUUUUUUCUGUUUUGUCAGGAGCACGCUUCACGGAUGCUCCGACACCUUCAGAAGUUUCCCUCGAUGUGGAGGGGCUGCCAGCAUGCACAUUCCGCAUCGAUGGUCGCCGUGUUGGGUUUUUGUUCUUUUGCUAGUUACGAGCGCGGCACAAAUCGCCCCGCGAUCACAGCCGGCGUUAUCUUCGGGGCGACCUCUGGCGGUCUCGUUCCACGCAGACAACGACGUUUUUGCGUACAAAACAACGCAAGCCCUUUCUCUUGUGUAAGGGUUGCCCUGUUGUUGAGAGGGAUUCCCCUCUGACCACCUGAGUCAUCAUAAAAGCACCUCGUGCAUAGGAGGAAUAUGACGCCGCCAACGUCUCAAUCAACCGUUUCGAGCUGUCGCCUUAAAAAUGACGACAUUUAACCGACGAUACCUUCACGGGGACACCCUGUGAUUGUAAUUAGCCGGCCUGGUCGCUUGCGUAGGUAGUCAUUUCAAAUGAACAAAAGUUCCGUGAAGUAAGAACGAAAAAGCUAACUACGAAAGAACAACCAAACAAACAAAAACCCGCGUUGGGGCCCCCAUGACCGUUUAGAAUUUUCGGAAACCCGCAGUGGACGUGCGGAGAUGUUAUAUUUUUGUGCCAGGAGCAAAGCGUUGUUGUUGCUUCCGCGCGGAAGGAAUUUGGCAGAAGCUACAACAGCAAGGUGGGUGUUUUGCUGAAAAUAAAAGUGGCGUGUCGACAUAGCAAGGACAAAAAACCCACCGUCGUCAUUUCACGGCCGCUACAACAACAAAAACGAGGGGGGGGGGGGGGAGGGAGGGGAGACCCACGACCCACGUCCCAAGUCAGCAGCACGCUUCGCGGUUUUAACGGAAAUUUACAGCAACAAAAAAUCCAGUCCGCCACAUUCGAGGGUAGGAUGGGGGGGGGGGGGGGCUGUGGGGAAAGAACAAAAAAAUACAAAUUUGUUAUCAAGGCCAAAAGACUUCUCUUCAAUCAGAUAGCCGUGGGACAAAAAUAUAUAUUUAUAUAAAUACCCCUGUGUAAUAUUUGGGGAGCGCGCGAAAACGGGGCCGGUCGCCAUAUUGUCUUGUGUCGGAAAAAUUCCCGCGUCGCGGCGGCGUCGGUGCGUUGAACUUCGUUCGCACCGCACAUAGCCGAACCGCGACUCAGCGGAGGUGCGGGCAGCGGGCGGGGGGGGGGGGAAGGACAACAAACUUACACACACAGGAACAAAAAAAGAACACGGGAGGGGGAUGGGGGGGGGGGAGAUACCUUCUCGCCGUUGAAACAAAAACUGUGGCGGUACUCGUGUGCGUCAAACGGUGGACUCGGACACUGAACCAGCAAAUGUGGGGGGGGGCGGGGGGUGGAACGGGAUACACUGGCGGGUACGAUCUAAGUUUAUCUUUGUCCACGAUUGUUUUUUGUUCUUAAACCUUCGCUCGCGACGCACGGCGCACAUGCGUCCUCUCGGACGGGGGUGGCGGGGGGGGGGGGGGUGCUUCUCGAGCGGACGAUCGUAAGGACCACGACGACGACAAAACGAUUAACGCAGAAGAACAAAGAAAUGUAUCUUUUUAUUUUAUCUGGGGCAGUGGCGAUAUGGCUCCGGGAGGUUUGCGCGGGCGCCUUUCGCUGACGGAGGAGCCGUUUGACUGCUCCUCCGCCGUGUGAUCUUUUGCUGUGCGUUGUGAUUCUUGCGUUGGCAGUGUUGGGGAAGUCGAAUUUUGGUCAAGACGAAUCCGCUCUCCGGUCGCCGAUUGCUCAAAAUAUUCGAAUCCACUAAAUAAUGUAACCCUCCAUUUUUUGUGUUUUGCAAGAAAAUGAUGCACCAAUCCUGUACAAAGCCCUGGCAGAGGAAUAAGUUAAUCUGAUUGUAAUGAUGCUUUGUAAUAUGUUUCUCCCCAACACUACAUGAUGUACAUUUAUCUGCGUGUGUGGGUUCUUCCUGUAUUGGGCUAGUGUCAUCGCAAAAGUCUUCAGGACUUUGGGGCACUGAUGGCAUACACUUGGGAGGUUUUUUUUGUGUGUGUGACUUAUGCUUUUUGCACGGAGUUCAGUGUUUUUAGCUUGCGAUGGCUGUGUCAGAGCAACUGAGCCUACGCCACAAAGAUCCUGGGUUUGAACCUCGGAUAUCGGCCACCCAUGGUUACACAAGGUUCUCAAUUCCAGCGGGGUCGAUGGCUCUUAACCCGGUGACCGAUGGGCUGCUAAAAAGCAACAACUCCCCGUUCAUAUUAAAUAUAGAUUUAAUGUCAUUAAACUAUUUUUAAAUGUGUUCGUAACAUAAGAAACACUUUCGCGUCUUACGUGACGAGCGCUCCUUGUGGGGAAUAACGGGAGUGCAGUUUUUAAGUCUGAACCGAGAGCACAUUUUAAAGUGACUUCAGAGGAAGUUUUGUCAAUUAUCUGGAACCACUGUCUCGUCACGGUGACAUUAUUACGUCCGUUUUUUUUCUUCCCCCCCCAGGAUAGAUGUAUUCGGUCUCGGGGAUUUUCAGGCGGACUCUCUCCGCAUUGGGAUGUUUACCCGAUUCCAAUUAACUCUCGUGACGAUGAAGGAAUGACCACAGUAAGAAAUCGUAGAGGGUCUGUCUAUUUGCUAUCUUCUUUGCAAGCAACCACUACGACCGCACGCUUCUAAGCGAAAGCUCUCGGGAAUUCAUGGUGCAAUUUUAGUAUAAACAAAAAGUGUUUGUAACCUCUUCAAUAUAAUUUUAGUGAUUAAAAAAAAAACACUGAACUCUUCAUCAAUAAAAGGCUCCGUAAGACACAAGCCCAGAGCAAGACAGGAAAAAAAAAUCGAUGAGCAAAUGGUACACGUUGACUUGUAAUAUAGUUAAAUACACUCUAAAUGCCUUUAUAGAAGGCUCCGUGUUUAAUACUUGUGAGAUAUCAACAAUAGUUGUCCGUGGUGUACAUUUUGAUUGGUCAGGUGUAGUUGCACCUUCCUACCCCCCACCCAAAUCAUUUUACUGCUUAGCAAGAGUGAAGUGUGUUAAUCGGCGACAGUGUGGCCAAUCAUGCGCAAGUACUCUCUGGUGCAGGUGGGCUAUCACGAGCCAGUCGGGCAAAGCCAACUUUUUUGCAAGCGCGCUUCGUAAAUGGACGAGGCUGGUGGGGGUGGCUGGGGGCUCUCCAUCUCUUUUGGCGGGUGCCACUUCCAACAGUGUCUACGGGCAUUGCGGGAGCACUGUGCAUGAAAAUUAGACCUCUAGCUACGCCCGAUUUUAAAUUCACAACUUCUUAAGAUUCGUGUCUUAAGAGUAGAACAUUUGAUGGCCUCUGCCUUGUUGCCCAAAGGUCAAUCCGAUGUCUACAGAGCAUCGGAUAGUGUCAUCUUGUGACGGUUGAGGGUGGCCUAGUUAAGUGGCUCGUUGAAUUCAGAAGGUGGCACCUUCUCAAGGGGCCCGUUCCUUGACACAAACAACAUGACGAAAGUGAAAGAGUUCCUGAUAGACGUCGUUGCCUCGGGACAAGACCCUAAAAAUACCAUGGUUGACAUUAUUUAGUGGUGGUGUAAUCGGCACAUGCAUGUUUAACACAAAAUGCAAAUGUGGAAGACUGUUGAUGGGGAACUCUAUGGCUUGCUUUAUUGGUUCGGGAAGCCCACCUGUGAUGAGAACGUUUUUUUUUGCGCACUAUUAGAAUCUCAUGAAGGCCUCGGAACACCAGGGAGGCAGAACAUGUGCUUGAAACUGAUUUUUUUUUCUCUCCCUGUAUUGCAGCAGGGGGGGGAGAACAAAAUCUGUGUUGACUUCAGCAAAGUUGCAGAGAGGUGUGGACCUAGCAGUGGCGUGGGAGAUUGCCUUAGUGGCCUAGUGCGAGGCCUUGACAGGCAAAAGGGGCCUCGCAUAGUUGUUUCCACCCCAGUGAAAAUCCUGUACCACCGCAGGGGUAACUAUCCUUCUUUCCCCCUGCUGUUCGGGUCACGUGCAAACUGUUUAUUUUAAUUAAAGGUGACCGAUGUAAUGAGAAUAAAUGCUUGUUUUGCCGACGGUGUAUUUGUAACAUUUUUGUGCAUUUUGUUUUUUGGCGCAAAGCGGUUCCCUUUCCGCUUAAACUGUGCAAGAACCGACAUUUUGUCGUGACCAUGUGAUCGUGAUGAGCCAAUCGCAAGCCUGUUGCUGGGCAGCAAAUGCAUCUUGAUUCCCUUUAUACAAUUAUUUGGCAAAUUCCAUUGCCAGUAGUUCACGGGUAUAGGCUGAAAAUACUUCACUGUCAUCUUGAGCAACUUUGCGUUUUAGUUUCGCAACUGGCGGGCAUGCUGAUCGAAAGUUAAACUGGGCAGUGACUGCCGAUCAAAAAUGGACGACUGGCAGAAGAUUGCUGUUACUGCACUUUCCACAUUGGUACUCAAACAUUUAAACUAUUUAUAAAUAAUUUUCUUUGGUGUCUCAUGUUUGUUGAUGAAGAUUUAUUGAUGUGCCAACUAUUUUUCCAAAACUCAUUUUUUUUCUCUUUAAUGUCCCCGCACUGUUUUCAUCUGCAAGUCAAAAACACAGUGGGUUGAUUGGCCAAAACAGUGAACUCCAUGGUGGCGAGAUGUUAACUACCUCGCCUGGUAUACAGGAGAUCGUGGGUUCGAUUCCGACCCUGAUGCCUGCUAUAUAUUUGGAGUUUGCGUGUGUCUCUCUCCGUGGUUCCGUGGAUUUUUCUCUGGGUCCCUCCGGUUUUUCCCUCCACAUUUAGAAUCAACAUCACAUGUUUAGAGCAUUUGGCUGCUUCAAAUUUCCAGACGAUAAACCAUGUUCGUCGAGCUAUCAUUUGUGGCCAGGUCGCUUCUGAAAAAGAGCUCUGUGGCUCUUACCUGGUACUUAAAAGUUUAAUUUAUUAAUGCAAAUCGCAUAAAUAUGUAAUGUGCAUUAAUUAAUAAAGCAUCAAAACCGGAGGGUCCCGCAUUGGGAAGUUUUUGCAUUUACAUAAAAUGAUUGCUUGGCUUUGUGUGGGAAGUCAACAGAGAUCACGCGGAUAAAAUGUCCACUCAUACUCGUGGCAGGGGGAGGGGGUGGUGAUGGUUCAACACUGCCAUUGGCUGGCCACCACGCAACCUCACGCCUACAAUACGUGCUGGGAGCCCUCGCAAAGCCACCCAAACAAUUAGUAUCCAGCCCCCGUCCUGCUUAGCUUACCUUUGGGACUAUUUGGUUGUAGCCUACUCCAUUUGAGUCGUGUAACCAAGGGUUAGUCGGUAAAAAUGUGGUGUAGUGGGGCGGGGGGAGAUGUUAUGUCCCUCGCCUGGUAUGCAGGAGGUCGUAGGUUCGAACGGGGAUCCCUGAAUAUGCCUCCAAUUGGGGUCCGUGUGGAUUUUUCUCCGUGCUCCAGUUUUACUCCCGCCCCCCCCCCUCACACACACACAUUUAGAAAACACUUGGAUUAUUUGGCUGCUACUAUAAAUUCCCACAUUUUUUAUUAUGUAAACCAUCUGUGGCCAAGUUGCCUCUGAACAAAGUGGGCUUCGCCUGGUAUGUGAAAUAGUAUACUCUUAAAAUAUAUUCCUGCGCUCACUACACCUUCAUAAAAUCACGAAUUAUACGCAAAUGUUACCCUUUGGCUAAUGUAA